UCCAGGCUCCUUAAAGGGCUCCCCCUGGACACCCACCUGUCCUCCUCAGGGCCUGGCAAGCAGAGGCGGCAGCUGAGCUCCAAGGAGCUGAAGAAGGUCCACAGGCAGACAUGCCCGAGGCCAAACCAGCUGCCAAGAAGGCCCCUAAGGGCAAAGAUGCCGCCAAGGAGACCCCCCCUAAGGAGGCUCCCGCAGAGUCCCCCAAAGAAGCUGCACCUGAGGACCAGUCCCCCACUGCCGAGGCGCCCACAGGCAUCUUCGUGAAGAAGCCUGACUCCGUGUCCGUGGAGACUGGGAAGGACGCAGUGAUCAUAGCCAAGGUGAACAGCAAGGAGCUCCCGGGCAAGCCGACGUUCAAGUGGGUCAAGGGGAAGUGGCAGGAGCUGAACAGCAAGAGCGGGGCACGCUUCUCCUUCAAGGAGUCGGAGGACUCGGCCAGCAAUGUGUACACGGUGGAGCUCCGCAUUCAGAAGGUGGUCCUGGGGGACCGCGGGGACUACCGCCUGGAGGUCAAAGCCAAGGACGUGUGUGACAGCUGCAGCUUCAACAUCGACGUGGAGGCACCCCGACAGGACGCCACUGGUGAGAGCCUCGAAAGCUUCAAGCGCUCGGGUGAAGAAAAGUCAGAAGAUGCAGGGGAGUUGGACUUCAGCGGGCUCUUGAAGAAGAGGGAGGUAGUGGAAGAGGAGAAGAAGAAAAAGAAAGAUGAAGAUGACUUGGGGAUCCCCCCCGAGAUCUGGGAGCUCCUGAAGGGAGCGAAGAAGAAGAGCGAGUAUGAGAAGAUUGCUUUCCAGUACGGCAUCACCGACCUCCGGGGCAUGCUCAAGCGCCUCAAGAAGGCCAAGGUCGAGGUCAAAAAGAGCUCAGCCUUCACAGUGAAGCUAGACCCCGCUUACCAAGUGGACAGGGGUAACAAGAUCAAGUUGGUGGUAGAGAUCAGCGACCCCGAUCUUCCCCUCAAGUGGUACAAGAACGGCCAGGAGAUCAAGCCAAGCAGCAAGUACGUGUUUGAGAACGUGGGCAAGAAGCGGAUCCUCACCAUCAAUAAGUGCACACUGGCCGACGACGCUGCGUAUGAGGCGGCCGUGAAGGAUGAGAAGUGCUUCACCGAGCUCUUCGUCAAAGAGCCUCCGAUCCUGAUCGUCACACCCCUGGAGGACCAGCAGGUGUUUGUGGGUGACCGCGUAGAGAUGGCAGUGGAGGUGUCAGAAGAGGGAGCCCAGGUCAUGUGGAUGAAGGACGGGGUGGAGCUGACGCGGGAGGACUCCUACAAGGCUCGCUAUCGCUUCAAGAAGGACGGCAAGCGCCACAUCCUUAUCUACUCUGACGUGGACAAGGAGGACGGGGGCCGGUACCAGGUCAUCACCAACGGUGGCCAGUGUGAGGCUGACCUCAUCGUGGAGGAGAAGCAGCUGGAAGUCCUGCAGGACAUUGCCGAUUUGACUGUGAAGGCCGCUGAACAGGCUGUGUUCAAGUGUGAGGUGUCAGAUGAGAAGGUGACAGGCAAGUGGUACAAGAACGGUGUGGAGGUGCGGCCCAGCAAGAGGAUCACUAUCUCCCAUGUGGGCAGGUUCCACAAGCUGGUGAUCGAUGACGUCCGCCCUGAGGAUGAGGGAGACUACACGUUCGUACCUGAUGGCUAUGCACUGUCACUCUCGGCCAAGCUCAACUUCCUGGAGAUCAAGGUGGAGUACGUGCCCAAGCAAGAACCCCCAAAGAUCCACCUGGACUGCUCAGGGAAGACCUCAGAUAACUCUAUUGUUGUCGUGGCUGGGAACAAGUUGAGGCUGGAUGUGUCCAUCACUGGGGAGCCCCCUCCCGUCGCCACCUGGCUGAAGGGAGAUGAGGUGUUCUCUGCCACUGAGGGCAGGACACGCAUCGAGCAGCGCCCCGACUGCAGCAGCUUUGUGAUCGAGAGCGCGGAGCGCGCAGACGAGGGCCGCUACACCAUCAAGGUCACCAACCCCGCGGGCGAGGAUGUGGCCUCCAUCUUCCUACGGGUUGUGGAUGUCCCCGACCCUCCGGAGGCUGUGCGUGUCACCUCAGUGGGAGAAGACUGGGCUAUCUUGGUGUGGGAGCCACCCAAGUAUGAUGGCGGUCAGGCGGUCACUGGGUACCUCCUGGAGCGGAAGAAGAAAGGCUCCCAGCGCUGGAUGAAGCUGAACUUCGAGGUGUUCACAGAGACGACCUACGAAUCCACCAAGAUGAUCGAGGGUGUUCUCUACGAGAUGCGGGUGUUCGCUGUCAACGCCAUCGGCGUCUCCCAGCCCAGCCUCAACACCAAGCCCUUCAUGCCCAUCGCCCCCACAAGUGAACCCUUACACCUGACGGUGGAGGAUGUGACAGACACCACCACUACCCUCAAGUGGAGGCCCCCAGACAGGAUCGGGGCAGGUGGCAUUGACGGCUACUUGGUGGAGUACUGCCUGGAAGGCUCCGAGGACUGGGUCUCUGCAAACAAGGAGCCGGUGGAGCGGUGCGGCUUCACCGUCAAGGAUCUCCCCACCGGGGCGCGGAUCCUCUUCCGCGUGGUCGGCGUCAACAUCGCGGGGCGCAGCCUGCCGGCCACCCUGCUCCAGCCGGUCACCAUCCGGGAGAUCGUGGAGCAGCCCAAGAUCCGCCUCCCGCGCCACCUGCGCCAGACCUACGUCCGCAAAGUCGGCGAGGCGCUCAACCUCGUCAUCCCGUUCCAGGGCAAGCCCCGGCCUCAGGUGGUGUGGACCAAGGGCGGGGCGCCGGUGGACCCAGCGCGCGUGCACGUGCGCACCAGCGACCUGGACACCGUGUUCUUCGUGCGCCAGGCCGAGCGCUCCGACUCCGGGGAGUACGAGCUCAGUGUGCAGAUCGAGAACAUGAAGGACACGGCCACCAUCCGCAUCCGGGUCGUGGAAAAGGCAGGGCCCGCCGAGAACGUGAUGGUGAAGGAGGUGUGGGGCACUAACGCACUGGUGGAGUGGCAGCCCCCCAAAGACAACGGCAACAGCGAGAUCACCGGCUAUUUCGUGCAGAAAGCCGACAAGAAGACCAUGGAGUGGUUCAAUGUGUAUGAACACAACCGCCACACCAGCUGCACCGUGUCUGACCUCAUUGUGGGCAAUGAGUACUACUUCCGCGUGUUCAGUGAGAACAUCUGUGGGCUCAGCGACUCCCCUGGGGUCUCCAAGAACACCGCCCGCAUCCUCAAGACAGGAAUCAGCCUCAAACCAGUAGAGUACAAAGAGCAUGACUUCCGGACGCCGCCCAAGUUCCUAACACCUCUCAUGGACCGGGUGGUCGUGGCGGGCUACGCUGCUGCUCUCAACUGUGCUAUCAGAGGCAACCCCAAGCCGAAAGUGGUGUGGAUGAAGAACAAGAUGGAGAUUCACGAGGACCCCAAAUUCCUGAUCACCAACUACCAGGGCAUCCUGACACUGAACAUCCGCCGCCCCUCGCCCUUUGAUGCUGGGACCUACUCCUGCCGCGCCUUCAAUGAGCUGGGGGAGGCCCUAGCCGAGUGCAGGCUGGAUGUCCGGGUGCCCCAGUGAUGCGAGGCCCCCCAGCCGUCAAGACAAUUGAGUCCCAUCCUCAAUCCUGUACCCCUUGGGGAGUGGUGGGGAGCGGUGUCUCAUUUCUGGAGUUAUGAACUUCAACAAGAGUGUUGCAUCUACUGUC